AAACAGGUGAAAGUAGAUAUGAAGAGGGGAACUUUUUGUCAGGGGAGUGUCACUAGAGUGUCCGUAGGCACUGAUUUACGCACUCUUAUUAUAAAUAAAGCAUGCGUAAGAUAACAUCCAAUGAAAUUCAAGCAUCAAGUUAGGGGUUCUAAUCAAAUAUUAGUCAACUUCGCUAACUAUAUCCUUCAUUUUCACAUUCUUAAGUCUAUGAUCAAAUGAAACUCAAAUGGUACCCUUGCACAUUUCUGAAAUGAGUAUACUAAAAUACUAUAAUCUAUGACAUGGUUUGGAGUUGGCUGCCGCACGUGAAGAUUACCUAACCUCUUUUCUUAUUUGUAUACAUAUGAAAUCUUAAAAAAAUGAAAAGUCAAAAAAAGAAUUUAAAGAGGAAACAGAGAAACUUAAAAGUUGAAAGUAAUGACACAGAAGCAGAGAAAGAAUCCAUAAAAUACGAGCAUGAAGGAGAAUUGGAUUCAGGUACUGAAGAUUUAUUGCAAGCUGAAGUAAAUAAUAAUGAUGAAAGUUCAGAUGAAGAAGUUAAUGAAAAUGAAUGUAUACCUGAAUCCGAUACUGAGAAAGAUUCAGUUGUUUUUGAAACUGAUAGUGAGCAGGAUGAAUUAGAGUUUGAAACUGAUUCAGAUGAUAUUGGUUUGGAUGAAUAUUACUCUGAAAGUGAUUAUGAAAAUAUAUCUGACGAUGAAGAAGAAGAUGCAACUGAAGCUUUGGAAAAGGAAGAAAAAGAUUUCAAUAUUAACUCUAAAACUAAAGAUAACAAGUCCAUAGUAAAAGGUGAUAAAUAUUAUGGAUCUGCAAUGAAAAUCAAAAAUGAAUCUACAACAUCAAAAUAUAAUACGAUUAAUAAGUCUUCUAUAAAUGAAAUAAAUCCAUCAGAUAAGUCAUCUUCUUCUAAAGUUUCACAAAAAGAUAAAGUGAAAAUUAAAAAAUAUUUAAGAUCAAGUAAUUUAAAUAAAAGUAAUAAUAUUAUAUCGAAAAAAAAUUCCAAGAAAUCCAAAGAAUCAACUAGUAAAAAGAAUGUUCUGCACAAUGAAACUAUUAAAAAUAUAGAUACUGUAUCAACAGUAAGUCAAAAAUUAGAUGAAUACGAAUAUGAUACUUCAGAUGAAGAAGAUAUUCGAAAUACUGUUGGUAACAUACCAUUAAAGUGGUAUGAUGAUUAUGACCAUAUUGGUUAUAAUUGGGAUGGACAAAAGAUUAUAAAACCUCAAAAGGGUGAUCAGCUGGAUAACUUCUUGAAAAGAAUGGAAGAUCCUGACUUUUGGAGAACUAUAAAAGACCCACAAACUGGACAGGAUGUUGUAUUAAGUGAAGAAGAUAUAGAUUUGAUUACAAGAAUUCAGAAACAGAAAAUUCCUGAUACAACUUUUGACGAAUAUGCACCUUGGGUAGAUUGGUUUACUUCAGAAGUAAUGAAAAUGCCAGUGCGUAAAUUUCCUGAACACAAACGUUCAUUUUUACCAUCUAAACCAGAAGCCAAAAAAGUAUCAAAGUUAGUUCAUGCCUUGAAAAUGGGUUGGAUGAAAUCAUCCGCGGAAAUAGAGAAAGAAAAACAGCAGAAGAAGAACGAACCACAGUUUUACUUGUUGUGGCAAUCGGAUGAUCAAGCCGAAGAAAUGCGGAGAAUUCAUAAGCACAUUCCACCACCAAAGAGGCAUUUACCUGGGCAUGCUGAAAGUUAUAAUCCUCCACCAGAGUACUUAUUUGAUAAAAAAGAACUGAAAGAGUGGAAUAAGUUACAGACAACACCAUGGAAAAGGAAGUUACAUUUUAUUCCACAAAAAUAUAAUUCGCUUCGUGAAGUUCCUGCUUAUCCGAAGUACAUUAAAGAAAGAUUCCAGAGGUGUCUUGAUUUGUAUUUGUGUCCCAGAGCAUUAAAAAUGAGAUUGACAAUAGAACCUGAAGCAUUAGUACCACAGUUACCUAGUCCAAAGGAUUUACAACCAUUCCCCACAACAAUGUCUAUGAUAUUUAAAGGGCAUACAGAAAUGGUUAGAAGUAUUACUGCAGAACCAAUAGGACAAUACAUUGCUUCUGGUGGUGAUGAUAUGAAUCUAAAAAUAUGGGAAAUAGCAACAGGUAGAUGUGUGAAGACAGUGUUUUGCGGAGGAGUCAUUAGAUCCGUAGCGUGGUGUCCGAAUCAGUCGUUAUCUCUCAUAGCAGUAGCAGCAGAUACAAAAGUCCUUCUAAUAAAUCCUAAAGUGGGAGAUCAUUUGAUUAGCAGUAAAACUGAUCAGUUAUUAGAAAUAAUACCUGAAAGUGAUGUUAUUGUUAGUGAUAGAGUUAGAGCUGCGGUACAAUGGGAACAAGCAGAAGGAGAACAUAAGUUAAAUGGUGUUAGGUUAAUUUUAAAUCACUUUAAAAUAGUUAAACAAGUUACAUGGCAUGGUAAAGGUGAUUAUUUUGCCACUGUUAUGCCAGAUGGACAAAACAGAUCUGUUUUGAUAAAUCAACUUUCAAAACGAAGAUCUCAACUGCCUUUCACUAAGGCAAAAGGUUUAAUACAAUGUGUUUUGUUUCAUUCAAUUAGACCAUAUUUGUUUGUAGCGACUCAGCGUAAUGUACGAAUAUAUGAUUUAGUAAAACAGGAAAUGAUUAAAAAGUUGUUAUCCAAUUCACAAUGGAUAUCGUCAAUGGCAAUACAUCCUGGAGGCGAUAAUAUUUUAGUAGGCACUUACGAUCGUAAAAUGCUUUGGUUUGAUCUUGAUUUGAGUACAAAGCCUUAUCAGACAUUACGUUUACAUGGUACAGGUGUAAGAGCAGUUUCAUUUCAUAAGCGAUAUCCACUUUUCGCGUCUGGUGCCGAUGAUAGAGGACUUAUUGUUUCUCAUGGAAUGGUGUACAAUGAUUUACUGCAAAAUCCAUUGAUCGUACCGCUAAAACGAUUAUGCGAUCACAUACCUUACAAUGAUUUUGGUAUUUUGGAUGUAAUGUUCCACCCUAUUCAACCAUGGGUAUUUUCAGCCGGUGCAGAUUCAACGAUACGAAUGUAUACUUGAAUCGUGUAUUGUAUAUUUAUAUUUUUACUUAAUAAAUUCUGCUGUGGAAAUAAAAUUGUAGUAUCUUGGACGAAACAUUUUUUAUCAACGAAU